UAAAUGGUCAAAUCGGUGUAACAUUUCUCAGAGUUUUAUUUUUUGAAAUAUGAUUACACAUUCAUCAAAAUGCCUGAAGAAAACCAAACUUCUGUUGAAAUUCAGCAAGAGAACACUGGGAUCGACGCUGUACAAAGAAAAUCACGUAACUUUGACGACAUACUUGAGGUCAUUGGUGGUUUUGGAAAAUGGCAGAAGGUAUUAUGCGUUUGGGCUCCACUGAUUGGUAUUAUGACAGGUGCGCAUACCCUAGCUCAGGUCUUCAUGGGAGGAAAGGCGGACCAUUGGUGCCGUGUGCCCAACUGGAAUGAUGCCAAUUGCAGCGUAGAUGGCCUACCAGACGACUGGGAAUGUCUUCUAGCAAAACGCAAUGCAUCUAUUCCUUUCAAAAUAGAAAAAGGUCAAGAAGUGUACCGCAGCUGCGAAAUGUACGACGUGCUGAAUAUCACCUUCACGAUGAGACUGAAUGUUUCCAACUACAGCAACGACACCAUCAAAUGCCCCACAACAGAGAGUGAUACACAUGCCUGGGUGUAUGACACAACUCAGUACAAGACAACGAUCUUAACAGAGUUUGAUCUUGUAUGUGACAAUAAAGCAACUCCCAGCAUUCUUCAGUCCAUCUACUUCGCUGGCCUGCUGGUGGGCUCCAUUUUUUUUGGAUCACUUGCAGACUUGGUUGGCCGAAAGCCAUCGGUCUAUAUUGCUUCUUUGUUGCUCUUCGUUACUUCUCUGGUUAACGUCUUCUCGCCAAACGUAAUAAUAUAUGGAAUUCUACGGUUCUUCGUAGCCGCUGGAGGCAUAGGUGCCUUUAUCUGUGUCUUUGUACUCGUAAAUGAGUUCAUCAGUCCACAUCGACGUGUGUUGGUGGGAAUUUCUUUCCAAGGCUUCUUCGCAGCUGGUUUAACGCUUGUUCCGUUGCUUGCGUAUUUCGUACGCUACUGGAGGUUCCUGCAGCUCGCCAUAGCGCUGCCCACUGCCUUGUAUAUUCUAACGUACUUUAAAAUGCCUGAAUCAGCUCGUUGGCAGAUAACUAAAAGGAAAUUCACUCAAGCAGAAAAGACACUUCGGAAGGUGGCAGCACGAAACGGAAAGGAAUUCCCAGAAGAAAUGUUCCGUCCAGAUGUGACUAGAACUGCUCAGGAGUCUCCCUCAGCGAGUCAUCAAGCAACGGCGUUAGGACUUUUUCGCACCCGGAAUAUGCGUAUUAAGACAUUGAAUAUAAUGUUCAAUUGGUUCGUCAAUAGUAUGGUAUAUUACGGGCUUAAUUUGAGUACGUCAGACCUCGGCGUUGAUGACUACUUAGCGUCAGUCAUCUCAGGAUUGGUGGAGUUUCCAUGUUACGUGUACUGUGUCAUUGCACUGAAGUACGUGGGCCGUAGAAUCAAUCUAGGUGGCAACUUGUUGAUUGGAGGAGUAGCUUGCGUCAUCACUUCGUUUCUAGAUGCCGGCACCGUGAGACUCGUUAUUGCUAUGAUCGGAAAAUUUUGUAUUUCCGCAUCUUUUGCAAUUAUUUACGUUGUGUCUGGCGAAAUCUACCCUACGUCAGUCAGAAGUGCUGGAUUAGGAAUUUCCUCAGCGUCGGCACGAUUCGCAGGUAUUUUGUCUCCAUUUAUUCUGGAGUUGAAGGAACUGUGGAGUCCUCUUCCGUUCGUUGUGUUUGGAUCUUUAUCGGUGAUUGCUGGUUUUCUUUCAUUUCUACUGCCUGAGACCAAAGAUAAGAAACUGCCGGAGACACUGCAGGAAGGGGAGGCAUUUGGAAAGUUUAGGUGUUGGCGAUGCAAAGAUAAUGACGACAUCAAGCCUACGAUGGCAAUCAUCGACAUAUCUGAGCUGAACGUCAAGCAGGACGCAGACAAUUACGCCUUCAUUGAGGAAGAAACUAGCCAAGCAAAAUAACGAUAUUUGGGGAAAUCGCUUUGCUAGUAAUAUCUAUCACUGGUAAGGUUUAACAACAUAACAUUUAGAACAAUUUGAAAACCGGUCCUAUAGCAUCCCCGCACUACACGAAUGAUCUGUUGUACAAAAUUGUCUUCGGGAAAUACGGACCUUAAGAACGUGUAAGCUACACUUAAUUUUGUAAACACUUAAUACAAAAGAAUUAUUUUCAUACAAACAUUCAAAGUGAACCUAUGUGUCGGAGGUAACCUCGUUUUUAUGCUUCACAGUUUCAAAGUAUAUUUACUGCCUUUUUGGUUUUUAGGUGAAUUCAUAUUUCCAUAUUCAUGAGCAAAACUGUGAUGUAAUCCCAGAAAGCAAGCUUUGAGGUUACAUUGGUUUGUAGGCAACAAUAACAACAACAACAACAACAACAACAA